UGAAAUGGUUAUGGAUAAUAAAGCAUUCUCAAAAGAUUAGACCUACUUAGGCAUAUUACUCAUAAUUAGGCCUAUUAUCAAACAUUCAAUUGAUUCCAAUACUAAUUUGUGGCUCCAGUAGGCCCUAGGCUAUCUAUUCUACUUUGUAUUCUAUUCUAUUCUAUUCUAUUCUAUUUCAUUCAAUUACAACCCAUUAUAUUAUAUUCUAUAUUAUUAUGCAAAAUGUCAAAUGUUAUAUAGGCCUAUAGUGAAUUGGCUAAUUGACAUUCUUUGACAGUGGAGCUGGUCGUAUGUCAUUUGGAACUGUGCUGUUUUGACGCAAGACAUAAGGCAACGUGUUGGCCUACAGGUUUCCACUUCAAGUAGCAAGUUUGUUCAUUUUAGAACCUUGAGAUACACUUGACAUUUAUGGUAGGUAAUAGUAAUGUAAUAAACUAGCAAUUCAUAUGUGAUGAUGUAGCCUACAUGAUGAUGUAGCUGACAUCACGUGGGAUGAGGCUGAAGUAGCUGGAAAGGCAGUUUAUGCGGUUAACGAAAUGGUUUAACUUCGUUAGCUGUGUUUCUCUGUAGUUCUUUGUUUACAGUCGCACGGGGCACAUCCAUGUGGACUGGCAGGGUCAGGCGUGUGCGCGAGAUGGUGAAAUAGAACGUGUGUACCGGCUGCUUAUUCGCGCUUACGGCCAGCAUGGGGGCUCUUUUUCGGAGUGAGGAGAUCUGCCUGAUUCAGCUCUUCCUCCAGUCGGGAUCCGCAUACAACUGUGUCAGUGAACUCGGAGAGCUGGGACUGGUUGAGUUUAGAGACUUGAACCCGCAUGUGAAUGCUUUUCAGCGGAAGUUUGUUAAUGAAGUCAGAAGAUGUGAGGAGAUGGAGAAAACAUUCUCCUUCCUGGAGCAGGAGAUUAGCCGGUGUCUGUCCCCACCCCUGACGGGGCCGCUUCCGAUGCCCAGCCCCGUGCCCUCCGCCCCGCAACCCCGAGAACUGCUGGCCAUAGAGGAGGAGAGUGAGAGACUGGCCAGGGAACUUAGGGAGGUGUCAAGGAACAGAGACAGCUUGAGGAACCAACUGACGCAGCUCAGUCAGUACAGAGGUGUUUUGAUCCAAACUCACUCCCUCACAACUUCACAGGGUCCUCCCCCUCCUACAUCCUCAGAGACGGCCGUUCUCCUGGAUAAUAGACAGGACAUCAGACUGAGUUUUGUGGCAGGAGUGGUUCACCCGUGGAAGGUUCCCUCGUUUGAGCGGUUGCUAUGGCGAGCCUGUCGAAGGUACAUCAUUGUGGACUUCUGGGAGAUGGAUGAGAGGCUUGAGGUAGCUGACACGGGCGAGAUGGUCCAGUGGACAGUUUUCCUCAUCUCAUACUGGGGUGACCAGAUUGGUCAGAAGGUCAAAAAGAUUUGUGACUGUUUCCACACGCACACGUUUGUAUACCCAGAAAGCACUGCAGAGAGGGAGGAGAUGCUGCAUGGGGUUCAGGGCAGAAUUCUGGAGAUCAGAACGGUGCUGUCGCAGACGGAGCAGUACCUGCAGCAGCUGCUGGGCCGUGCGGUGGCAGAGCUGCCCCGGUGGCGCGUGCACGUGCGGAAGUGCAAGGCCGUGCAGACAGUGCUGAACCUGUGCAGUCCGUCUGUCACAGACAAGUGCCUGAUCGCGGAGGCCUGGUGCCCCGUCAGGAAGCUGCUGCUGCUGCAGAGAGCACUCAUCGAGGGCACGAGAAAAAGUGGCAGUGGAGUGGACUCCUUCUUCAACCGCCUGCCUGCACCCUGCUCUCCGCCCACCCUCUUCCAUACCAACUCAUUCACCGCCGGCUUCCAGAGCAUAGUGGACGCCUACGGGAUAGCCAGCUACAGGGAGGUGAACCCAGCCGUGUUCACCAUUAUCACGUUCCCGUUCCUGUUUGCGGUGAUGUUUGGGGAUGUAGGCCAUGGCCUCCUCAUGGCAGUGGCGGCCUUGUGGAUGAUCCUAGCGGAGAGGGAGCCAGAUGACAAGAAUAACACUAACGAGAUGUGGAAGAUGCUGUUUGGAGGGCGGUAUCUGAUUCUCCUCAUGGGGCUGUUCUCCAUGUACACGGGGGCCAUCUACAACGAGUGCUUCAGCAAAGGCCUCAGCCCCUUCCCCUCCGGAUGGCACCUGCAGCCAAUGAUACAACACUACAACUGGAGUGAAGACACACUACGAGACAACCAAUACCUCACCCUGGACCCAAAUGUGACUGGAGUUUUUCGGGGACCAUAUCCAUUUGGCAUUGACCCGAUCUGGGGGUUAGCCAACAACCACCUGACCUUCCUCAAUUCCUACAAGAUGAAGAUGUCCGUCAUCAUCGGGGUCAUCCAUAUGACCUUUGGAGUGUGCCUGUCAUUCUUCAACUACAUGCACUUUGGGCAGCUGAGCAGUGUGUUGCUGGUGCUGCUGCCGGAGCUGGUGUUCAUGAUCAGCCUGUUCGGGUACCUGGUCUUUAUGGUCGUCUACAAGUGGGUCGCCUUCGGGCCUCAGGACUCGGACCGGGCCCCCAGCAUCCUCAUCCACUUCAUAGACAUGUUCCUGUUCUCACAAAACCCAGACAACCCACCGCUCUAUCAUGGACAGAUGAUCGUGCAGCGGAUACUGGUGGUGCUGGCCCUGGGCUCAGUGCCAGUGCUGUUACUGGGCAAACCACUACAUCUCUACCUCAAGCACAGGAGGAGAACCCACAGCAGCAGAGGCACGAGAGAGGAGACUGCUGUGGUGAGCGACACAAGCUCCAUCAACACCCUGCAGGGAGACCUGGAAGGCAGCGGGGAGGUGGAGAUUGUGGAGUUUGAUGGUGCCGAGGUGUUCAUGCACCAGGCCAUCCACACCAUAGAGUACUGCCUGGGCUGCAUCUCCAACACAGCCUCGUAUCUGCGCCUAUGGGCCUUGAGCCUGGCCCACGCACAGCUGUCGGAGGUGCUGUGGGUGAUGGUGAUGCGGAUCUCGUUGUCAUGGCAAGGCUACGUGGGCUCUGUGGUGCUGGCUGUGGUCUUCUCCUUCUUCGCCAUGCUCACCGUCUCCAUCCUCCUCGUCAUGGAGGGCCUGUCUGCCUUCCUGCACGCCCUGCGACUACACUGGGUGGAGUUCCAAAAUAAGUUCUACAGUGGUACCGGAUACAAACUCAGCCCCUUCUCCUUCAGCACGAGUCAGGCAUAGCUGCAGAGGACUUGAUACAACCCAUGUGUUAUCUAACGCCACCAUCCAUUAGUCAAAAAGCCUUAUAAAAAAGUGCUUUAAUAACUUCAUUUUGGAGUUUACUUUGUAAUUUAUAUAUUAAGAGGAAACAAUAUAGUGUUGAACAUUACUUUAUGUCUGGAGCUCAGGUGAUGUUUUUGAAACUUGCAGUAGGCUACAGAGCAAAACACUGUGAAUUUCAUUACGGCAUGGAAUGGGACUGUACAAUGUGUGUAACGGACAAUUAUGAGCAGUAUUAAAUUACUUUUUGAUCAUUUGCUGACGUUUGUGUGCCAGGUUUCAAAGGAAAGCUGUGAUGGUCCUCGCUUUAAGAGACACCCAAAAUGAGAAUAUACGUUCUGUUGUUCUCCAAGAGCUCUAGUGCUUAAUUAGAACUGAAAAAAGGAUCUGGGGGCAGAAAUGCUACCAAUGUUUUUUGGCAAGGUGUUUCCCCUAGAGAUACUGUCCCCUUAGAUACAAUAUCCGUUUCCCCCCACUACUAGAAAAAGCCUGAUAGCAGUCACGGGGUGGUAGCGAAAUCACUUUUUUCAGCUCUUGAAGUUACUAUCCCCCUU